AUGCACCAGCAAAAAGUCAAGGCGGGCUCGAAGACCCUCAAGACCCUCAAGGAAAUCGAGCGAGAGCUCGAGUACUUUGGCCUCACCAACCAGGGCGCUGCAUGCAUUGUGCGCUUCGCCAAUACCCUCAAGAGUGUCCGCAAGCUUCGCUCCUCCCACAUCCUCCUGUUGACUCCUAGCCGCCGCCUCCAUCCUCCUUCUCCGCUUUCCCAGCACGCCUGGAACCAAGACGAGAUCGAAGAUGAAUUUCCUGCUUCUGCUGGCGUAGAGGAGAUCGAGGAUGCCUCCUCCUCCCACGUCGACGAGGCUUCCCACGCUGCUGAGGAGGCUGUUACUGUUGGUCCGCCCGCUCAUUUUUCUCGAAACACUUCCCGUCUUCAGGGGUCGGCUCUUGUUGACUUCUCUUGGCUGACUCCUCUGAUCUCUUUGAGAGGGGAGUCCAACGCCGCUGUCGACAAUGCCUCCUUUUAA